AUGCCCCUCCUGGGUCCGGGGCCUUGGCUCAACCUCCUGCGGCUCUGGCGCCAGACGGGAUCCCAGAGCCUGCACCUGAGGAUGCGCGAGGCCUUCGGCAGCCUCGGGCCCAUAUACAGGGAGCGGGUGGGCACCUAUGAGUGCGUGAACGUGCUGCUCCCGCGGGAUGCGGCUCAGCUGUUCCGGGCUGAGGGUCUCUUCCCGCGGCGCAUGGGGAUCGAGGCCUGGAGCGCGCACAGGAGGCUGCGCAACCACAAGUGUGGGCUCUUCCUGCUGAACGGCCCAUCGUGGCGCUCAGAACGCCUGGCUCUGAACCCAGCUCUGUUGAGCCCCUCGGGUGCCCGGCGGUUCCUGCCCCUCCUCGAUGCCGUCGCCAAGGACUUCGCGGCUGCUCUAGGCCGGAGGCUGCGGCAGAGCCCGAGCGGGACCCUCACCAUUGACCCGCACCCACUGCUCUUCCGGUUCACACUGGAGGCCAGCAGCUAUGCCCUCUAUGGGGAGCGCUUGGGGCUGCUGGGGGGGGGGGAGGCCCCGGGGGGGGCACAGCAGUUCCUGGGGGCGCUGGAGGUGAUGCUGAGGACAACCCCCCCCCUGCUGUUCCUGCCCCCCCCCCUGCUGCGCCUCCUGCCCUCCCCCAUCUGGCAGGAGCAUCUGCGUGCAUGGGACAUCAUCUUCCAGCAUGCUGACGUCAGCAUCCGGCGCAUUUACGGCGCGUUCCGCAGUGGGGGCGGGGCCGGGGUGGGGGAGGGGCUCCUGGCUCAGCUCCUGCUCCAGGCCAGGCUGCCGCUCGACGCCAUCAGAGCCCACGUGACCGAGUUCACCGCGGGGGGCGUGGACACCACCGCCGUCCCGCUGCUGUUCACGCUGUUCGAGCUGGGCCGGAACCCACGUGUUCAGGGGGCACUGAGGGAGGAGCUGCGAGCGGCGGGGGGGGCGGGGCCGGUCCCGGUGACCCCUGACCCCACGGAGCUGCUGGGCUCCCUCCCGCUGCUGAAAGCGGCCAUCAAAGAGACCCUGAGGCUGUACCCAGUGGGGGUCACAGUGCAGCGGUACCCAGCCACGGACGUGGUGCUCCACAAGUACCUGGUGCCCGCAGGGACCCUGUGCCAGGUGUCUCUGUACGCUAUGGGGCGCAGCCCGGACGUGUUCCCCCACCCCGAGCGCUAUGACCCAUGGCGCUGGUUGGGUAAUGGGGACAACAGCUUCAAGGCGCUGGCGUUUGGGUUUGGGGCCCGGCAGUGCAUUGGCAGGCGCCUGGCAGAGGCUGAGAUGAUGCUGUUCCUUAUACAUGUCCUGCGGAACUUCAGCAUCGAGGCCGUGUCCACUGAGGACGUUCCCACCGUGUUCCGCUUCAUCCUGAUGCCGGAGACGUCACCGCUGCUCACCUUCCGCAGCCUGAGCUGA